CAUACAUUUAUUAUGUCUGCAUUAUUUGCCUGUGCUAAUUGUAGUGAAAGAUUUAUAUUUGAAGAAUUAUCUGAUAACGAGCAUCUUUGUAAAAAUUGUCAGAAAUUGAAAUCUAAUUGUUCAUAUUGUAGAAGUGAGUUUCAAUUAGAAUCUAAACAUAGCAAAGAAAGUAUAUGUAAAAAAUGUGCACAUUAUGUUGAAAAAUAUGGAGUGCCUUCAGCAUGCAAAUAUUGUAAGUUGAUUGCUGCCUUUUUGGGCUCAAAGUGUGAAAGAUGUUAUGUCCGUGAAAAGAAAUUUGGUGCCCCCAAACUUUGCGAGCAAUGCCAACAAAAAUCUGCCUUUCCCAAAUCAGAUAAAUUAUUGGAAAAUAAAAGUAUGUGCUGGCUUUGUGCUCGGUCCUAUAAGAAACUCAUCCUUACCUCUUCUAUACCUCGAAAAAAACAAGCACAUGAACAUCAUAUACAUAAGCACAAAAUCAAGAAAUUGAAACAAUCGCUAACCCAACAAAAUCAAAAUCAUACCUCCAUCAACACCUCAUCUCAAAUACAAAAUAAUGCAAACACUGAAAAUGAAAACACAGAUCAAAAGUCACAAAAAUCUCCCACCAAAAAACCUUCAAAAGAUAAUCUGUCUCUUAGUCCUGUAGAAUUAAAAAAUUCUGAUCACUUUGUCAUGGUGAAUAAGCUACAAGAAGAGAUCGAUCUCCUCAAGAAGAUUAUUCAAGAAAAGGAUAGGCUUCUGUUAGAUAAAGACAAAAAGAUGGGCUCGAUCAAGGCCAUGAAUUUUGGAAGCGAAAAUGAUUAUAGGGUCAAAAUUCAAAAUUUACAAAAAGAACACAGUGAAUCUAUCACGUUAUUACAAACCAAAAACAGGGAUCUACAAAAACAAAUAUCGCAACUUACCAUGGAAAACAAUACGGUUAGCAAAAUGAUUAAAAAGAAAGUCACCGCCUUUCAAAAACAGGACAGCCCCUACAUAAAUAGCCCUGCUACAAUUAGUCCCCUAUUUUUGUAAAUUAUGAAUAAUUAUCAAUCAAUUUAUCGUUAUUUAUAUCUAGAAGUUAAACGCGUCUAUAUCUUAUGGUAAAAAUAAGUACCAUUUUAUAUACCCGAAGAAUGUUGCUGAAUUUGAUUAAUUCAUUUUUUUAAAUCAUUCUUUCGUGGUGUUUUUUCUUUUUCCAUUACACUGGAAUUAUCAUAAAUUAUAUUUUUAAAAUUGGUAUUAUAAACAAAAACACUUAUAUAAAAACUUGAUAUAUGCAAAAUAUGUUACAAAGAUAUCUCAUAUAUUUUAUUUCAAUUUUUUAAAAUUAUUAUAUUUUCCCCAUAUGAUUUUUUUUUCAUCUUGUUAUUAUAUAUGCAAUCCAAAACUAGUUUUUUUUUUAAAUUAGAAAAAUCUAUAGAAAAAAAAUUAUAUUAUUUAAAAUAAAUAUGAUUUAAAUUCUAGGAUUAUUAAAAUAAAAAUAUAAAAUUGUAAAAGCAAUUUUGAAUUUUUUUUUGAACAUCUUAUGAUUUUUCGGGAAAGUCUGAGAAGUAAAUUAUAACUUGAUUAUUAUAUUGUUCUAACUUCAAACUCCACUUUUGCCAAAAUUUUAUCCUUAAAGGGAGCUGGUCUAAUUUUAAAUAAAAUUUUUAUAGCUAUGGCGCAUGAUUGUUUUUUUAAAAAUUGGAUCAAAGCAACGAAGUUUGCAUGAUUAAUCUGAAGGAAUUUUUCAAAUUUUAAUUUAUUCUUAAAAAAUAAAACAUUCUGUUUGGCGUUUUAAUUAAUUAUCAUUUCUCAAAAGUAGUCUGCCGAAUAUUUUCUUAAGACGCAUUAUUUGUCGCCCACUACCUCGGACGAGCCCGAAAUUAUAUCAUUAUUAAAUAUAUAUUUUUAUAGAGGAUUUUGAUCUAAAACAAAUUUUAAGAAUUUUGUGAUAUUUUUUUUUAUUAUUUCAUUUUAUUUUUUUUUUGAAUUAUUAUAAUUUAUUGUAAUAUAAAUAUCUGAAAAUAAAUA